UGGCAAGGCAGCCGCGAGCAGUCGCCAGUGAGACGCGGUGUACCCCGCGAGGGCUUUCGUCGUUUGUUCGUUCGCCUAUACGUGUGUCUAUAUGUCCGUCAUCUCCCUUCCGCUUAAACCUAUCGUGAUCGUGCGUACGUUCAUUCGUUCGUCCGGUCCGUGUGUGGUGCGUCUCCCAUCGGUCGCCUUCAACGACACUUGCCACCGGUCGCGGCUAUCGUCUCUGUGUCAAAGUACACCUCUCACUUGCACUAUCUCUCUCUCCUCGUUGCUCUUGGAGUGCCCGACCGAAAAGACAAGAUGGCUGCCGACUCAGGAAUGGAGACGUGUCCCUCCCCGGAGAUUGCAGACUCCAGGAAGCGGCCACUCGAUUGUGACACGGAAAAUGGUGCGACGAAGAGGUCCCAUUAUGGAUCAGGGGGAGAUGGAACAUAUCAUCUCAAAGUAUUGGUCCCUGGCGUGGCAGCCGGAGCAAUCAUUGGGAAGGGAGGGGACACAAUUGCCCAACUACAAAAGGAUACAGGAGCUCGGGUCAAAAUGUCUAAGUCGCAUGAUUUCUAUCCAGGGACAACAGAAAGAGUGUGUUUAAUUACGGGUAGUUUGGAAGCUAUAAUGGCGGUCAUGGAUUUUAUAAUGGACAAGAUUCGUGAAAAACCAGACCUCACACUGAAGACGACCGUCGAUUUUGAAUCGGGAAAAACUACUGCAGAGAGGGACAAACAGGUAAAAAUUUUGGUACCUAAUAGUACUGCAGGGAUGAUAAUAGGUAAAGCUGGAAAUUACAUUAAGCAAAUAAAAGAAGAGUCCGGCUCGUAUGUACAAAUUAGUCAAAAGGCGAAGGACGUGUCUCUGCAAGAGAGAUGUAUAACGGUAAUCGGAGAGAAAGAGAAUAACCGCAACGCGCUGAUGAUGAUAUUAGCGAAAGUGGCGGACGAUCCGCAAAGUGGCACAUGCCCGAACGUCAGUUACGCAGAUGUCAGCGGUCCUGUAGCUAAUUACAAUCCCACAGGCAGUCCUUACGCUCAAGCACCUACAAGCACCCCUACGUACACUUCCACAGCUGGAAUUAACACAGUGAGCCUGUUGAACGGUGCUGGUUUGAGCUUGAACUUGAACCUGGGAGCUGCGAUCACGGCAGGUACAGCACCGGUGACAACGCAGCUCUUGGAACAUAUAAAGUUGAAUCUACGAACGGCAGGCUUCUCCGAGCCUGCCGCUAGCGAAAUUCUGUCUGCUAUCGCAACACUAGCUAAAUAUAAUCUCCUCGGGAUGGGCAUCGGGAUGCCGUCCAGCAUGAGUUACCUCGGGAAUCCGAUGGACAGCACCACGACCGCGAACGGUUCGAACAACAAUGGUGGCGUGUUCGGGCCGAUCGGGACAGUUCCUGCUCUCGGAUCUACGUCUCCCACACCACGUAACACACUAGACAGAUACGAGCCCUUUGAUCCGUUCAGACAAAACAACACAGCUGCCAGCGCUAUUCAUCUAAACAACAAUUCGUUUGGCCUGGGCACUAACCAGUUAUCACUUGUAAGUAAGAGUCCUACACAGGUAGACGCCAACAACAAGGAGACCAAGAAAGUAGACAUAGAAAUUGCAGAGGUUAUAGUGGGAGCUAUUCUGGGACCCGGUGGUCGUGCCCUCAUUGAGAUUCAGCACCUAAGUGGCGCCAACAUACAAAUCUCUAAGAAGGGCAUGUUCGCUCCUGGUACUAGGAACCGCAUAGUGACUAUCACGGGUUAUCCCAAUGCGAUCGGCACUGCUCAGUAUUUGAUCGAGCAGAGGAUCAGCGAAGAGGAAGCGAAACGAGCACGUCAGAACGCCCUCGCCAAUAUGAUCCAUUGAUUUCAAGUACAGCACUUUUGUUCAUCCCCAUUAUCGGGCUCCGUUAUCCAUCUUUUCGCGUCUUGAGACGAUGUUAACGGUAGCUCUUCUCUCUCUUCCCUUCUUGAAAAGAACAUGAAAACACACAGAGACACACUCGUCCACUUGCCACCUACCACCCGUUGUCAUUUUUGUCGCUACAUCACUAUAGCGCUUGCAUUAUCACAUCACUUGUUCAUGCAUCGAUCAUGGUUCGCGUCGACAUUUAUCCAUCUUUUAAGAUUAUUAUGAUAUACAUAUAUAUACACAUAUAUAUGUAUAUAUAUAUAUAUAUAAAUAUUACAUGUUAAAUGAUAAACUACUACAAUUGUUCUGUGAUACACCACGUUACGGGGCUUUAUCACAAAUAACACACGUACCACAUCAGAGUCAUAUAGUAUAUCUAGUUGUAUAUGGUAUAGGAUUAUUGAGAGAAGGCAUGAUAAAACUAUAAUUAUGUUAGUAAUGAAAUGGCACAAUUUGGCCAUGAUUGUCCUCGAAACGUUUCGAGGCGACGACAAUUAUUUCGUUCCGUAAAAGAUAACUCUAUUUUUUUCUCUUUUUUUGUAUAGGAGCAUAAUCAUAUUACUAACGCGAGAGAUACUUUUAGUUAGAGGGUCAUACAGAACUCAUAAAUCGAAUCUGACAAAGGAUUCAGUACCUUGAAACGUGCACCUCGCGGGUCAAAUUCUAUUCAUUUACACACGAAGCAUGAUUUCUCCGAGAUACGAUCGUUGUAUUGAACUGUUCCUUGAACUAUUAAAUGAUUAGGCUGUUUCAAGCGAGUUUGAUAAUGCUUAACAUGGCUAUUCGAACGAGAGUUUCUUGCGUACAGAGUAAUACCUUGGCAAAACCAAAGAUGUUGCAUGUGUAAAGCAGAGAUAACUUGGCUGCAAGAUGAAUAUACAUAGAAAGGGAGAGAGUUAUUCUACGUAUAAACAUAUAUUUAUAUAUUUACAACACUGGCUGGUCCAGUCGAACGAUUAACGUAAUACAUUAUUGCCAAGUUUUAUUCUGAAGCCCAAAGUGUUUAUUUCGCAAAAUCUCUCUUCAUCCGACUUGUAUCUUGUAGUGUUUAGAUUAAUAUACACACCGAGUAUAUAAACAUAAAUUUAUCAUUGUUCCUUGCGCACGCCUCAGGAACGGUGAAUUCAUUGCGCUAGGAUAAGAAUCGCUCGAUUCAUCAUCGGAUCGAGGAGAUCCUCUCGGGUAAAUAGUCUUGGUAUGAUUAUAAUGCGAUUUUAGAUACGUUCUAUAUUAAAACGAUCGUCUAAUUAUUUUUAGCUUCAAGGUACAUCAGUUGAAUACAAUUUCAAUUAUCGCAAUUUUACAUUACGAGUCGGGACACUGUUUUCUGUCAUUCCUUUAUAAUUAUAGAGACGCGAAUCCAACUAUUUUUAUCGUAUAGAGAUAUUUAUAUUUAUAUACACAUCUGUUUUCAAUAGUUUGAGGUAAUCGCGAGACAUCUUUCGAUAUGAAAAUAUUCCGUUCGCCUAGCGACCGUUUCACUUCUCCGUUUGCGAUGAUUAACUCGUCAUGCAAAAUGUAUAUCGAAUGGUGAUUCGAUUCCGAAGAAAAUUAUCUGCCGUGAUUAGCAGUCACGUCAUACAUCCUUGGGUUCUGUAUGAUGCUGCUUUACGUGGGACUCUGUAUAAAUCAGCUAAAUCUUUGACACGUUUUUAACAAUCGCACUUUGACAUCAGAAUCAAAUCUUUAAAUAGGGGAAUCGAUUUUAGCUAGAAAUUUCACGUUGAUAACGAUCGUCAAUGUUCUAGAAAAGGAAAAGAGAGCAAAUACAGCUUAUAGUUUGUUGCUAGACGAGAACGAGGAUACAGCAUCUGAUUAAAUAACGUUUUAAAUCAUUGAGUUUCUGUUUUCGAGAGGGUAGGUACAUAGGAAGGGGCGAUACAAGGGGAUAGGCGAUAAUCAAUAAUGGGUUUAGUCCAAGUAUCUCGUGAGGAACGUUAGCUGUAGCGUCAAAUUGAAAUAUACAAGUGUACACGAGUACAAUUGA